AUAUAAUAUAAUUUAAGGUUCAACUUACGAAUAAACUUUCAGUAAGAACUACCGGUUGUGUAUUAAAGGCCGAACUUUAAAUUAUACUGCGUGUGUCUUAAAUAAUGAAAUUAAUGUAUUAACCAUGUAAUUAUAUCUCAAUAAAAGUUCAAUUAGUGUAUUUCCAUUGGUAAACUUACUAAUCGUCAGUAGUGUCAUCUGUGUAGUUGUAAUAUUUUAUUAAAAUAACAACCAUUUUUUUUUUUUAUAGGUUUUUCAGAAAUUUUGGUAUUAUGGCUGACCAAGACGACGCAUCAUGUGAUAAAUCUAAAGAAAACGAUAAUGUUCCAGAACUUGAUGACACAGAGCUACCUAAAGUUAUAAGUACUCCACCGACAAUGUCAAUAAAAAUAACAAGCAACAAACUACAAAAGUCAAAUGAGAAAUACGACGAAAAUAAUGAUGAUUCCGAUGAAUGUCAAAUUAUUUUACCGAACACUGAUAUAAUUGACAUAAGUGAUGAUAAUGCAGAAAAAGACGAUUCAGCUGAAAUCAAAGAAGUAUCAUCUUCAGAGGAAGUUACAAAAAAGCAGUCAACUGAAGUAGUUAAAAAUAAUAAACAACAACUCGAAACUGAAAUGGUAUCGGAAGAUGAAAUGCAAGUUGACACUAUGCCCAAAAGUACUGAAGUAUCGAUUAAUAACAAACAACCCGACACCGAAGAAGUAUCUGAAGACGACUUACCGUCGGCUACAUUAUCUGAUCAAACUGAAAAAUUAUCCGACGAUGAAUUGCCUAACGUAAAAGGUAUAAAAGGCAGUAAGAGACCAAAAACAUUAGAUGAAUCCGAGAAACAAAGCAAAAUUGAUAUUGAAAUGCAAUCACAAUCGGCCAAGAAGUUGAAAACUGAAGAACCGAAACCUAUUACUGAACUUGACAAGUUUUGGGCGGCUGUAAAGGCCGAUCCUUCUGAUUUUGUUGGAUGGACUUAUUUAUUGCAGUACGUGGACCAAGAUAAUAACGUUGAUCAUGCCAGAGAAGCUUAUGGAAAGUUUCUCGCGCUUUAUCCAUACUGUUAUGGAUAUUGGAGAAAAUUUGCCGAUUUUGAAAAGAGGAACAAUAACAAAGAAGAAUGUGAAAAAGUUUUUGAACGUGGACUUACUGCUAUACCAUUGAGUGUUGAUUUAUGGAUUCAUUACAUGACCUAUUUAAAGACAAACCACGCCGAUGAUAUCGACCAUAUUCGUAGUAAAUUCGAGAAAGGCUUGCAAAUUUGCGGACUUGAGUACAGAUCGGACCGUUUAUGGGACCAUUACAUUAAAUGGGAAAUAGAUCAGGGCAUGGUGCAAAACGCGUUUAACAUUUACGAUCGUCUUCUUGGUACUCAGACGUUAGGAUACUUGCAGCAUUUUGAGAAUUUCAAAGAGUUUGUUAAUAAAAAUUCUCCAGAUAAGUUGUUGAGUGCCAAAGAAUUUCUGGAGUUUCGGCAACAAAUAUCGGAAGGAUUGAGAAUCAGUAGUGAUGGCGAAUUAUUAAACGACGAUUCCGCUCCGCCUGGAGAAGAAGAGCAUAUAUUUUCAUCCGAUGUGACUGAAAAAGAAGAAUUAUUAUUAAAAGAAAAGAUCAUCGACUCCAGGUUGAGGGUUCACAAAGAAACAGCGCAAGAAAUAACAAAACGACAAACCUUUGAGGAAGGUAUUAAAAGACCAUAUUUUCAUGUGAAACCAUUGGAGAAAUGUCAAAUUGACAAUUGGAAAAAUUACAUAGAAUUUGAAAAAGCUGCCGGAGACCAUCAACGAAUAGUAGUUAUUUACGAAAGGUGUCUUAUAGCGUGCGCUUUGUAUGAAGAUUUUUGGUUGAGUUAUUUGGAUUAUUUGGAAUCGGCCAAUACCGAUGUGAGUGAUUUAAUGGACGAUUUAUAUAAAAGGGCGUGUUUAGUCCAUCACCGUAAAUCAACUAAAUUGCAUUUGAAAUGGGCUGCUUAUGAAGAGACCAUGAAUAACAUGGACAAAGCUGCCGAAAUCCUUGAAAAUCUUGAUAAGGCCGUGCCACAUAUGCUACAAAUCAUCUAUAGGCGCAUUAAUUUGGAAAAAAGAAGAGGACUAUUCGACAAAGUAUCCGACCUUUAUUCACAUUAUAUAAACACUUCUCACACCAAGUUUUUGACGUCCAACAUUGCAAUAAAAUACGCACGAUUCUUGUGGAAGUCUGUGAGUAAAAUUGACAAGGCUAUCGAAGUAAUUUCAGACAUCAUAAAUAAAGACAAAGAUAAUAUGCAAGAGAACGCUAGACUGUUGUUGCAACUCGUCGAACUGAAAAUGAGCGUAAAACCUUUGGACGAGAAAUCCGUCAUACAAACCUUCGACGACAUAUUGUCCAUGAGCAGCGUUAACUUGGAACAAAAAAUUCUGUUUUCUCAACGCAAGUUGGAAUUCAUUGAAGAUUAUACGGAUGACCUCGUAUCGUUGCGCAAAGCCCUGCAGGAGUUCAAGUGUUAUUCAGAGUUGUUGGCCAAAGAAAAGAAAAAGGCGAUAGCUGCGGCUGAAGAAGAAAAAUCUAGAAUUGAAAAAGAACUGAAGAAUAAACAAGCUCAAGAACUGGCCGUGACACCGAGCACUCAAAUCACAGCACCCAAUUAUCAGUCCUACAACUCAACUUACUACCCACAACAACAGUACUCGUCCGGAUAUAACCAACCUUAUCAACAAUACACGUCCACUGGCCAAGACUAUACGUACCAGUACCAAAAUUGGAGUUAUCCUGCUCAGACGAAUUACAAUCAAUCGUGGGGCUCGUAUAACUACGGAAGUGGAUAUUAAAGGUGCAUAUAAUAUUAUUUACUUGUUCUUAAAAGAAAUCAUUCACGUAAAAUUAAAUAUAGACAACAGUUGUUUUUUAUUACUAUUAUUACUUAUAAAUAAAAAUUAUAGACAGUGUCGAUAAGUUACAACAAAAUGUAUUAAAUAUUUAGCACAACAUACAUAUAUUUUAAGAAUAUUAUAAGUAUA